ACCUUUUUCUUUUUCAGCAGGAUCUCCAAUCAUGCAAAUGGGGACCAAUAAUCCAACUGAUGUGGAUUAUGAAAAUGAUCCACCCAGAAAUAAUCAGAACUUCGGCAUGGAUUCAACCUACCAGAAUCAACCCCCCAACAUCAACCAAUCAGAUUCAGUCUACCAGAGCCUAGACCCAAAAACCAACCAAUCAGAUUCAGUCUACCAGACUCUAGACCCAAAAACCAACCAAAGAGAUUCAGUCUACCAGACUCUAAACCCCAACACCAACCAAUCAGAUUCAGUCUACCAGAGCCUAGACCCAAAAACUAACCAAUUAAACUCAGUCUACCAGACUCUUAACCCAAAUCCCAACGAAGCAGAUUCAGUCUACCAGAGCCUAGAGCCAAAAACCAACCGAUUAAAUUCAGUCUACCAGACUCUUAACCCAAGGGCCAACCAAUUAGAUUAGCUUUACCAGAGACUAAACCCCAACACCAACCAACCAGAUUCAGUCUACCAGAGCCUAAACCCCAAUACCAAUCA